AUGGGGGUUUCAAGAAUAAACUGUGAACAUGAGCAGAUAGAAGAAGAAUCCGAUAGUGGUUUCGAAAGCAGUAUUGCGAGCACAACUAUGCUGGUGUUGUUACCGGACAGUAGGCGCGACAUGGCGAUCCAGCGCAUCAACGACCGAAGUACUUCGAUGAAAUUGAUCACCGGCCACACAACGGACCGCAUAAUCGACGGAUCAAUGAGAAAUUACGACAUAGACUUAGACGGAUCGUCUCUAGUCCGAGCUACUAAUUCGUGA